AUGCCGCAUCGUGGAGCAAUCGGGUCAGUGGGCUAUAAGUACGCUAAGGAGACACUGGGCAUAUGGCAGGAGACCGGCGUCUACCAGCAGAUGAUUCCCGCGCUCUAUAAACGCCCUCGCUCCGGUAGCAGCAGCAGCAGUGGCAUAAGUGGCACUCAUCGUAAAUCGCGUUCUGUUUCUAUUGGUGUGGCAGCGGCUCCACCGAAAUUGGGCAAAGCAGCCACGGCCGACGAAACUGCCGAGCAGCCCUCCUCUUUACCUGAUUCAAGCGUCUCUGAGAUCUCUGUCAAACGCGUUAGUAACCCUCUAUUGGGUUCGAUUUCAGACUGA